AUGAUUGUAUACAGCUUGAUAUGUGGCUUGGAAUGGAGUCGUACUCUUCAUCUAAAUGGCUCCGCACAUCGCCCCUCGGCCAAACACUGCAAUCGAAAAGGAACCCCCGGUGCAACAUGGAGUCGAGCUGCAAUGGAGAUAGAAAUCGGAGUACAAGACUUUGAUGGAUGUAGCUACAGUGUGGCUAAGGACCGGGCCAGGGCCAACCUGGACUACAAGAAAGCCGACCUCCAUUGGCCUCAUCAAAUGAACGGGCUCUUCCAUCGGGCCAUACUGGACGAGGGGCAAGAGAUCCGACACAUGUCGAAAGAGAUCGGCACAAGCAUCAUCUGGAUCGCAAGCACGCUGCCUAAAGCUCCAGGCUUAGGACCGGGUCGCAAACGCAAACCUUGGAACUCAUUGCGCUCCUCGCGCGCGACACCACAGGCUCUAGCACGACCAAACCUGCCGUGCGCGGCAAAAAUGUGCGGUUUUCCCUAUCCCCACAGACUAGUUACCUCGUCAUCAGGGUAUACUCUCCCGCCGCUACGAGCCUGGCAGUUACCGGCGUGCCCCUAG